AUGGCUUAUCAUUCUCAAUUUGCAAAUUCUAAAUUUCGUCUUGGCAAUAUGGCAUUAUUACCGAUCAGAACACGUUUUAAAGGACCAGCACCUACUGAAACAUCUACUGAGAAUGAAGAUAUUAUUGAUGAAGCAUUAAAAUAUUUUCGUGCAAACAUUUUCUUUCGUAAUUAUGAUAUUAAACAUGAUGCUGAUCGAACAUUGAUUUAUCUUACAUUGUAUAUAACAGAAUGUUUGCGUCGAUUACAAAAGUGUCAGUCUCGUAAUCAAGCUCAGAAAGAACUAUCAUCAUUAGCUAUUUCGACAUUUCCAAUGCCAGGUGAUCCCGAAUUUCCACUCAAUGGAAUGUUUGUUAAACCAUCUCAUGAUGAAGUUGAACGAAUGAAAGAAUAUUUACAACAAUUAAGACAAGAAUGUAGUGAAAGAAUGUUAGAUCGUGUUAUUGAUCCGGCAACGGAUAAACCAUCAAAGUGGUGGCUGUGUUUUGUUCGUCGUCGAUUUAUGGAUAAAAGUCUUCUGAAUAUUGGUCAACUAUAA